AUGUGGACCUUGGCUCUACCCGAUGCUGUAGGGCAAGUAGGGCAGCAAAACUUCAACCUGCCAAAUCAUGACUCUGCUCACAUUGUCGUGACCGGCUUCGUUGUUGAAGUUGUUCGCACGCUGCCCCCAGUCGCAGGCGUCGCCGCGCAGGUACCGGUAGAACUUGGCCGCAUCACCGUUGGCACUUGGGGCGUCAGACUCGAGGCUAUUCUUGAACCCUUGACCAUCGUCCCGGGCCAUACACAGACUGAUCCCACUGCGUCGACGGCUGAUGGCUCAGACGCUGUGAAGUAUGAGUUGAAACCUCGUUCUGCGGAGCAAUCAGAAAUCUUGAUCCUCCGUCACGGAGAUACGAUUCAUUUUGCGAGGUCUGUGCCUAGCCUCAUUUGCAAGUGGAUUGCCUCGGAGAUACAAGUCAACUCCUCCGCUGCAGAAACAAGAGCAACACGGUUGCCGAUAUCUGAUAUCAAUGCUGAAGCGUCUGAAGAGGAUACAGAAGAUGAAGAUCUAGACGAGGCGACUGAGGUUUCCAUGGCUAUCCAUCGACCUAGAGCCACACCGGUGCCCCGUCUAUCAAACCAAAUAUCAAUUGUGGUUCAAGAGACGCCCACCACAGACAGAAUUGUAGGGGAGACGGAGUUUGUUAGUGCAAAUGGGACUAGUGAAGACAACCUUGCCUCAACAGGCGGCGCAGUAUCGCCGGAAGUCGUGGAUUCAGCGAAAGACGAAGGCGAAGCAGAGACGUUUUCCACAGCGCAUACCAAGACCUCGCAGCUCGGCAACAUAUUUUCCUCCAGCACGACUGGUCAAUCCCCAAAAACCGAUGCCAGCGUAAGAGUAGAUGUACCGAUUAGCAAAUCAGAUUCAGCUUCAGCCAAACCAGCUGACGAUGGGGCACCACGUCCGCUGAACAGCUCGCCACGAGUUGAGAUACUGCACAGAGCGUCUCGAAAACGUGCUAGUCCUCCUACAAAUGACAUGGAAACAGAGGGAGGGAAAGAAAACAUCAAUCGAUCGAACAAACGCACAAAGAGAGAGACCGAAGAUGAAACUAUUACACAUAACAACCGAAUGAGCAACAUUGAUGUUGACGAAGCCAAGAAAUACAUGGCUGGUAGGAAGCGUAAGUCAGAGGCUUCUGAAGCAUCAACCGACACUCCAUCAAAAUCACAAAGAAGUUCUCAGCGGUCAAACACUGCAGUGGCUGACAGCACGCGAUAUGAUGGACCUGCACCUCGCGUAGCCGUGAGCAAUUCGAGCAUUACGAAGACCAGCCAAGCUGUAAAAUUCCUCAAAAAGCACGGUGGUAUCCUGAUAGAGUCAGCCGAUGAGCCGUUUAACAUUCUCUGUGUGAGGGAUGGCGAACUUUUGAAGACUCCAAAACUGCUCCUCUCGAUCGCCCGCGGUACCCCAAUAGUGACAGACAAGUGGCUGUUGAACUCCGCCAAGGCCGGCCAAUUUCUUGCCACGCCAGCAUACACACCGUCGGCUCCAAAGCAGGAGAAAGAAUGGAAUGUUCGAUUCGACCAGGUCAUCGGUCAGCCACAGACGCCAUUUAGCGGAUACACGAUCCACUUCACCAAAAGCCUGAAGGCUACCUACGCAGCCUUUGCAGAGAUUGAACACGUGUGUAAAGCUGCCGGCGCGAAGAAGAUAGCAACAACGACAUCGAGAGUCGACAAGAACGGAAAAAGCAUUGUGCUCGCAAAAGACGAAGGCGAUGCAGAGAUGGAGAAGCUGACACAAGAUGGCAUCACUUGCUACCACAAAGAUCUCAUCACCCAGAGCAUCCUUCGCGGCGUCCUGAAUCUCGACAGUGCAGAGUUCAAAAUUCAAGGGCAUGCUGCCAUGCCAAAUGAUAACAAGAAGACCAAACGCCAAAAAAGCAAGUAG